GCACCUUACACCCCUCGGCACAAGCGCCUCGAGAUGUAAUCUUGGUGCUCAGGCAAUAAUAGUGGACUUCUCUACCUUGAUAUAUAAUGUACUAUUAUGUCUAAUAAGCGUAAUUUAAGCUUUUGAAAAAAUAUACAACUGUUUUUGUUUUUUUAAAUAAUAAGUUUGGUUAUUAUUUCAAAAAAUAGUUGGAAAAAACUGCCUACGCCACUGAAAUAUAUCAAGAUCAAGUUUCACCUUAUCAAUACGUUUUAUAUAACCAUUGAAUAAUAAUUCAGAUUUAAUAUUCAAUGAUAUAACCAAAAUACGUGGAGAGACUGAAAAUUAAAUAUUUUCAAACUCGACUUGUAGAACAAAAACUAAAGGUAGCCAUGGCAAAUUUAACAUCGGAUUCUUCUCCUUUGUCAAAAAGUGGGACGGCAAGUAGAAACCGAAAGUUAAUAUUUAUAGUAACGGCGAAAUUUAUAAGAACAAUUUGAUUCCCGCUCUAUAUGAUAAAAGUCAUCUUUUCGGCGGAACUUGGAGGCGUUUUUUUUUAGAUAAUCGCGUUUUUUUGCCGAUACCUCUGGGCGCGCAGAACUGCUGAUUUAAAUUCCAUAGUCUAAAGUGUUUAAUGUAAUGAUUCAAUCAUGAAAACUAUGGCCAUUAUAGGUUCUUCAGGUCAAAAUGUGUGUAAGCAUCCCGUUCAUACCGAGACAAGUUGUUAUUUUCAAAAAGUGUCUACGAAAGAACUUUUAGAACCCGUUUGAGAACUCGCAAAGAGUGCCUCAACUAAUUUAUACGAAUCUGGAAAUAUUGAUGUAAGAAUAUGUCGCUCGAGAAUAUGUGUGGUGUUUCCAUGUCCCACCUCGAUGUACAAAGAAUACAGUAAAACACAGAAUGAGGGUGCAUGAAGGGUAUUUAUACAAGUUUAGACCCGUGGAAGAGUGCUGUACGGGAUACAAGAAAAGUUCCGACGGAGAAACUUGUAUACCAGUUUGUUCACUCUGCACGCACGGCGUGUGCGUAGCUCCGAACGUUUGUCAGUGUGAAUCUGGUUACGGAGGAACUUCUUGCGAACACUCAUGUCCUUUAAACCUCUGGGGAGAUCAAUGCCAAUACGACUGUGAAUGCAAAAACAAUUCCACAUGCGAUGUAUCGAAUGGAAAGUGCAGCUGUUUGGAUGGAUGGAGAGGGCCACACUGUGAUCUCAAAUGUAGGCCCGGGAGGUUUGGAAAACAAUGUACCCAACGAUGUAACUGCAAAACUGACGAAUGCGAUCAUAUAUCAGGGCAAUGUAUUUGUAGUGGUGGUGCAGAUUUAUGUAACACUGAGAAUGUGACGCAAAAAAUACCCUGUUACUGUCAAAAUGGUGGAACAUGUGAUGAAAAAACCAAUGUCUGCUCGUGUACCGCAGGGUGGGAAGGAGAUUUAUGUGAAAAUCCUUGCACUAACGGUCAUUGGGGUACAAAUUGCACCACAAGUUGUCAUUGUUACAACGAUGCAUACUGUCAUCAUAUUUCGGGUAAAUGUAUUUGCAAACCUGGCUUUACGGGACACAGGUGUCGCAAUAUUUGCCCGAGAGGAAGGUAUGGAAUGAAUUGCAAUAGGAAAUGUGAUUGCAAUAAUGGGGGUUUAUGUUCGCCUAUAGAUGGAAAAUGUAAUUGCCCUGAAAAAUGGACUGGCGUCAAUUGUGAUAUUGAUAUUUGUAGCUUGAUGGAUGACCAACCACAUUGUUAUAAUAUUUUUACUCAAGAGGAAUGUAGAAGAAUUUGUGAAUCUUUGGAAUAUUUGGAUCGACAGGGCGUCUGUACCUGCUCCCAUGAAAACUUCAUCUGUAAUGAAUCAAAAGAAUGCGUUUGUAAGGAUGGAUAUGGAGGUGCUAAUUGUGACAUUACACCUAGCACCGAUACUAUAAUACUGUUAGUAAGUGGGGGCUUGACAGGUUUCGUGUUAAUGACAGCAUUGCUCAUGGUGUGUGUCAUCGUUAUAAUCAAGCGCCGAAGAAAAACUAAAAACGCCCCUGAAUUAGAGUAUCAAUUGAACAACUUGUAUGGUUUUCCGAAUAAUAUUGACCAAACGUUUAGUAGAAACAAGGAAUCUGAACCUAAUUACUACCAUAUGCGCACAUACGCGAAGGGGCACGUUUAUGAAGAAAUCGGCGAAGGGCAAUCAUUACCUUACCAGACUCUUGAUUUUUGGGCUGCGAAAAAUCCGAGAAAUGACAUGUAUCAACCGGUGCCAAAUGCAAAUCCGAAAAUCCAUAACGAUAUAAUAAAAACUGUCAAGCGCAAUAAUAUCAACUUCGAGUAGAAUCAUGCUGUAGAGUUUAGACUGUAGACUAUAAAAUAUUUAUUGUUGUUAUACUUGA